AUGGCGACACCGCGAGGUGGGAGAGGCGCCAGCGGAGGCGAUCGUGGGCGCGGUCCCAAAGGCGGCAACAACUCCAACGCGAAUCGCGCACGCGGCAGGAACAAUGCGCAGAACGAAGAGCGACCGGCGCAAGGUCUAUACAAAGGCGGGCAGGGACGCCAGAAGAACGACUCCGGCAAUUCGAACGCUUCCACUUCGAAUCCGUUCGGCGGGAAUUCUGCGCCAUCCUUUGCACCCCACGAAUACCAGAAGCGACUGCAACACAUCAAAGCGGAGCGCCCCAAGAUCCGCGAGAAGUUCGUCCGCGAUGGUCUCAUGAACCCCGAAGGCCAGAUGCGCCUGAUCGACUCCGUCAAGCUGUACGGUCUUUGCCAGGAAAUGUGCCCGGAAUACGAGCGCGUGCGUCGCAUAGUCGAACUCGACGUCAAGGCCCCCGAAUGCACUCCCGAGACCCAACACCUACCCUCCCGUAGCCAGCGCAUCGCAGAUGAGUCGCGCAUGGUCAAGGCAUACGCGCGGUCAGCGGCAGGCAUGGACGUGGAGCUGGUCUCAGAGAUUCGGUCGCCAGCCACCUGCUUGAAAACCCUCAAGUACCUGUACGGCCGCCUAGACGAAGACGAUUUCCAGUUCCUCCACUCAUGGCUUUGGGACCGCACACGAGCCGUUCGAAAGGACCUCCGCACACAACGUAUCGAGAACAGGGCCGACAUCGCGGUACUACUCACCUCGCUCGAGUACAGCGCCCGCUUCUACAUGCUGUCGGCUCACCAUAUGGCGCGGAGUACCAAGGACGACUACUCGCAUCAACAAGACGUCGAGCAGCUGAAUCAGACCCUCAUCUCACUCAAGGAGCGAUACGCCGACAACCGACGCGCCAACAUCAUAUCAGAAUGCGAGGCUGAGUUCUGGGCAUACCGCCUCAUCCUGGCUCCCAUCUACGCCAACACCCAGCUCGAGAACGAACUCCACCGUCUACCUAGCGAUUUACGGAACAACCCACGGGUCCAGACCGCUCUCGAGAUCUUCCGCCUCCUCAAGUCCAUCCUCAUUCACAGGAAUUACGACAACUGGGUACAAUGCCAGUCGAAUUGGAAGCGCUUUUGGGAGUUGAUCAAGUCGCCACGGGUAUCAUAUCUUAUGGCAUGUGCGGCCGCCAUAUCCUUCAACAGGGUCCGUCACGUUGCACUUGAUGUAGUCUGGCGUUGCUACCGAGUCGGUCUCUACAGGCAUCAGGUUUCCGUCGAAUUCUGGACAACCGACAGGCUAAGAGAAGUACUCGGCAUGGACACUGAAGACGAGGCCGUUGAGUUUUGCGAGGCGCACGGUUUUGUCUUCGAAUUCAACGAGGCAGGACAGCGCUUCAUGGACAUCAAACAGAAGCACUACGACAGGAAAGCGAAUGUCCUCGCCAAGGCCGACAUCAAGCCUCAGUUCUUCUCCGCAACUAUCGUCGAGGCCAAGCGAUGUGGUCGUCCCUUGUCGACUGUCAUCGCAGGCAUGACUGUGCAGGAAGCCAAGAAGGGCGGGCUGUCUGCUAUGCAAGCUCAACAGAUGGAAGACCAGACGUCGUUGUUCAUCCCAGAGACCACCAGUGUAUUCAAACAGCAACCUUCCGACGCAGCACCAUCUGCUGGUGGCUUUGGCUUCAACGCGACCGCAUCUCCCUUUCAGCCGAAUGGCAAUUCUACCACAACUCCAAAUCCAUUCGCGAAAGCCGUCCAGCCUGGCCUUUUCGAUCCUUCCAAGAACAGCAUCCAGUUUGGACAGCCGGCGGACGCGAAUGCCAAUCCAUUUUUGCGCAAGGACAACAACUCAUUCCAGUCGACACCGACUGCACCAUCAUCAAACCCUUUCUUGAAGAACAACACUGCGCAACCGGAAUCUACGACGCCACAGACUGCCGCAAAUCCUUUCUUGAAGUUCAACAAUGCUGCGAAGUCCGAGACAACCACCACACCGACUCCUGCGAAUCCGUUCCUGAAGAACAACACCGCGCAGCCUCAGUCGUCAACAUCUCAAGCUCCAGCGAACCCCUUCGGUGGAUUAUCGUUCUCAGCAUCUGAGGCCGAAAUUCAAGCUCGGGCGAAACGUGAAGCUGAAUUCCAAGAAGGAUUCCAUUGGGGCGAAAAGCCUGCGGAUACGACUACACCUACUACGACUGCACCGACUACCGCGAAUCCUUUCUUCAAGAACAACACCGUGCAGCCUGAGUCUUCAACACCCAAGGCAGCUCCUGCUUUCAACUUUACUCGGUCUUCGUUCAAUGCUACACCCUCGCAAGAAACCCCACAACAGUCCUUCACCCCAUCAGGAACACCGCCUCCGACAGAUACUUCUCCACAAGAAGAUGAAGCACAGAAAGCAGAGCAGGUGAAGAAGGAAGCAGCUGAGAAGCAACGGAAACUGGACGAAGCACGCCAACGUGUACAGGAAGCCCAACGAGCAAAGCAAGCGAAAGAAGCAGAGCAGAAGCGUGAGGCGGAGGCUGCGGCUGCGCGACAACGCCAAGAGCAGGCUGAUCGAGAGCGAAAGGCACGGGAGCAGCAAGAAGAGUUGGCUCGACAGGCAAGACUACGUCAAUUACAAGAGGAGGAAGCACGGCAAACACGGAUACGAGAGAAGGACUCGGCAUUGCAUGCGCUCACGGCGGAUGUUAUGUUCCAUCCCCAGGAGGGAUUGCUGAUGCAGUUCGUCGAAAACGCUGCUAUGAAUUUAGCGAAGGAAGCUGCAAUCACUGUGGAGAUGGAGAGGAGAGUGGCGAUGGUAGAUCAGAAGCACAAGAGAUAUCUAGAUGAGUUGAAGCGGGCAGGCUUGGCCAAGAUGAUGUUGGCGGUGCAAAAGAAGAAGAAAUUACAGAAGGCACGAGAGAGGAGGAAGCGACUGAAAGAGCAGCGGGCAAAGGCGGAGGCCGGACAAGACGAAGUACCGGCAGACGCGCCUGCACCGGUACAGCCGGCAUCAUCGAACGGUAAGACGACAGCAGCAGUACCACCAGAGGGGCGAUCGGUGUCUCAGCAACCUUCGAAUUCUCGGCGCGCCAAGCGAACGCAACAGCGACACCAGGCUCAGAGCUCUGAGACGAAUGGUGUGAACUCAGCCAAAUCAGUGCCGGUCAACAACCCAUCUCCUGAGUCUACCUUUGACAAGAGCACAAGCAACGCCAGCACAUCAAUCACCGCAUACUCCCAGGCAUAUCAGCAGGCCGUUGCGAAUGCACCAGUAGACCGGACCGAGACGGAUUGGUUCAGGUUGCGCGCUAUGGGCAUCGAUCCGAGCAAGCACCGGAAGCGCAGCUUCGACUUUGGUUCAUCAGACGAAGAGAAGCCCAAGCUCAUCGAGCCCAAGCGACCCAAGUUGUCACCAGCGUCGCCUGCACCGGAGCAACAUGAGCAGUCAGCACCGAGAACUAUGCUCGAAGAACAGCGCGCUCGUGCUGAAGCCAUCAAGGAGUCCUUUAGGCAAUCAACAUCCACAACAUCCCCGUCUCACUCCUUCAACGGCGCAAUGUCGUUUAGCGGACGGUCUUCAUUCAACGAUUCUACGAACGAUCUGAUUGCAAGGGCGCGACGGACGCUGGCAGAUUCAAGAGCUGAGAUGCCGCCUCCUUCUUUCACCCCAGGCAAGUCGUUGUAUCGAUCAGGAUCCUUUGAUGCAAAUGCCAGCCAGCUCAUCGCACGAGCCAGGGGUCUUGCAUCUCCCGCGGCCACUUCUUCAAAUGUCCAGCACGACUGGAGUCGCAGCGUACCCAACCUCGGACUCUCGGCAUCCCAGAGCCGACAGUCUACAUACGGUACAUCCACGUACGGCAGCACCCUCCGCACCAGCACCUCCACCAAGAACCGUCCAGCAUACUGGGAACGAACAAGCCGCUUCGUACCACGCCAUCUUUACGGCCAAGGCGCAGAAGCUGUGCGCGCCUACAGGAUCGAAAAUGGUCUCAGCAAAUCACCUGCUAGCACCCGACCCGCCAGCACAGAGCCACUGGAUAUUUCCUCGCCGAUACCCACGCAGCUUUCUUUCGUCCAGCAGGCUUCAUCCCAGCCGAUGAGCUACAAGCAAGACCAGUUCACUAGCGAUUUUGCAUCAACCAACGGCGCACACGUCAUCGAUGUCGAUGCUCAAGAUGAGCACGCCAUUAUGACUGACAACGAAGAGGACGUCCAGUCUUACAACCACUUCGGCACUACAUCAUCUUAUCCAGAAGCUCAGUUUACUCCUUCCCAGGCGGCACCCUACCACCAACAUCAGGAGCAGGAGCAGGGGCAACAGGAAGAGUACUACGACCGAGACGCAGAAGACCAAGACGCAGACUCUGAGAUGCACGACGGUGAUGACGAAGAGUUGCUUGAUUACGACCAGGACUCUGAUCUCGAUGAGGAAGACGAGAUCGAAGAAGAUGAGGACGCAGAGUCUUUUGACGAAGAAGACGAGGACGAAGAUGAAGAUGAAGAAGACGGUAGCGAGAAUGGCAGUGACGAAGGCGGCGGCGGUGCAGCAGACCCCGGCGCGAAUGGCAAACCGGGUGCGACGGAAGACGAUGCUAUUGAAUUGUCGGAUUAG